UCAAUUUGAGUUUGACAGUAAACUACUUCACAGUUCACACUAUCCGAAAUAAAAAAUCAGCCUAAACACCAGCAUACCUGAGACAAUUUUCCGCAAAAAUGACGAACCCUUUCGGUGUUUCUCAGGCGGAGUACAACCUCAUCAAACAGCAAGCACAAAGGCGAGCUGAGCUCAGGAAAGAGUUCUUAAAGCAGAGAACUAAUCCAUUCAAACAUGCAUCCGAAGCUGGUUAUGUCUUUGACCCAGCCAUCCAAAAGUUCUUAUCAAUGAAAGUGACCCAGCUAGAGCAUUUCCAAGCCAAUACUAAAACUAGCUUGUUUGGAAUCUGUACUAUCGUUAUUCCCAUGUUUGCUUACGGAUACAUACUCUGGAAACACAGGACCACGCGUGAAGAACAAAUCAGGAAAGGUGAACUUCGUUACAAAGAUAGAAUGUUCAAAUUGCAGUAAUUAUCUGAAUGAACAUUUAAGAUAAAAUGAGUUGUCAUGUAGAAAUAAAAUCAAGUAAUUGUUAAUUUACUUUUAUUUAUGUAGCCAGAAUAUUAAAAUAUUGUUGUACAGUGUAACCAUAAAUGGCAAUAUAAUUUAGCAACAUAAAGAACAACACUGUUUUCUAAUAUGUUUUCGUUUUUAUUGGAACUGUGCUAAAUACUGGCAGUUAUCAAUUCAAGUUUUACAAAAAAAAGGCCUGAAAACCAAUGUUGACACCUGUCAUGAACAAAAAGGUUGUUAUUGGACUGUUAUAAAUAAAAUACUAUUGAUAAAAUAUUUUAUAAUGACUAAUAAGUAUGGAUUUUCUGAUCUUGAGUGUAAAAUAAUAUUGGAUCAAAUUGAAAGACGUGCUAAGUAUAGAAAGGAAUUUUUGAAACUGAGGACUGAUCCUUGUAAACAUUCCCAAGAAGCAGGCUAUGUUGUAAGUUCAUUACCACUAGCGUGAAUUUAGUUUCUUUUUUCAAUCUCUUUCAUUGACUGGUCGCAUGCACCACCAUCAAGUCGAGGGUUUUCAUAUCAGAGAGUAUUAUGAGCCUUUUUUCUUCUGACCAUUCUCUAUUCUAUUACAUAGGACUUGUUAACAGGUAAAAACUGUAUGUUACAUACAUCUCUUUCAUUUAUCCAGGACCUAUUUGGGCAACCGUUUUCCUGUACUUAAUUCUUCCUAUUAUGAAAAUCCAAAAGAAAGUUUAGUGGGGAUUCAGCAGCAUUAUGAGAAAGUGAGUAGAAAAGAUUUAGGAGGACCUAAGGAGUGCAGGAGUGUUGCUGGCCUCUUAGGGCGAAAAGCUCAGAUCUCUCUUUGACGAGUUUCUCGGUUUUCACGCCGAUUAUUUGCGUAAACUUGAAUUAAAAAUGUAAUUUCAGUUCGACAAGGCAAUUCAACAUUUCAUAUCUAUGAAAACAUGUCAGUUAGAAUACUUUCAAUUUAAUUUUACAACAAUAACUUUUGGACUGCUUGCUUUGGCGCCGAUGUUCACGCUCGGCUAUAUAUUCUGGAAGACCCGAACUGACAGGGAGCGCGAGAUACGCUGCGGCAGACUGAAGUACAAGGACCGUCGGAACAAACUGGCCUGAAUUAUAAUGUAUUUUGAACAAACGAUUGUAGUCUGUAGACAAUUAUAUGUUGUAGAUUGA